AUGGGUGCAUUGUUUAAAAGGCGCUUGAAAGAGAUCCCUGCCGUAAGAGUUGUUCAUAAAUUGAAGGGAAAAAUCAAGUUGUUUGCUGAACAGAAGCAGGAAUCUUGGGAUGCAGGGAUGGUCAGAAUUGGGAAGAAAUGGCCUACUCAUGAACUGAAGAAGGUCAAAGAAUCAGAAAUCGAGCAUUUAGCUGAUAAUAACUCUCUUUUGAGCGAAAUUGCCAAUUUCUGGAAAGUUGGAAUGGAAACUAAUCAUUGGUAUAAACAUCUAAUGAAGAUAUGGAUGCAAGAUGUAAAUGCAAAAACUGCAUCAUCUGAAGAAGUUCUCUUAGCCAAGUAUAUCGCAGAACCAGCCUUUCCCCAGGAACUAAGAGAUUCUUAUUAUGAAUUCCAGCAACGUGCCAAUGAAUAUAUAUCUUUUGAGACAACUUCAACACUUGCCCUUUUAUCCAGCGCCAGCUCUCAAUUCACACCUGCCUCUGUUAUGGAAAUCAUUGCACCGAUAAAUAAUAUAAAGAAGCAUUUCCAUAGAUAUGGAUUGACAAAUGGAGAAGGAUAUGCUCGUACAUGUCAUCGGCUCAUCUUACAGGAUGAUAAUCUCAUUAUUGACUAG